AUGAGAAGAUCCAAAUCAGCGAAACAAUCAUACAACCCAAAAAUCACUGUAAGAAGAUCUGAAAGAUUAGCUGACAAAUUCAAGAAACUCCCAGAUGACUUAAUCCUCAAAAUAUUGUCAAACAUCCAAGAUGACCCCAAAACCCUCAUUCUCUGUUCAUCUGUUUGCAAGCACUGGAAUUCCCUCGUCUCCAAAAUCGACACUCUCUCCCUCAGAUUCUUAUGUGCAAGAGAGGGUGACGAUGGUGCUGAUGAUUCUCUUUUGUGCUCGCACUCUCACCACCAUAUGAAAUAUGCAGCUUUCCCUGCCCUCAUGAAGGUGUUUGCUAAUCUUACGUCUCUUGAAAUCAAGCUCUGCUCUUUCCCUUCUUCUCCAAGUUUGCAUGUGUCCAGGUUGAACUGCAUGAUUGAUGAUGUGAUGAUUUUGAAUGCGAAUAUGCAGGGUUCUGGUUCGAGAGGGAAGGUUUUUAUAGGAGAAGAAGAGCUGGACAAGUUUCUUGAUUUGAUUUCGACUACGAUGGUUUACGAGAGCUGGCUUAACUGGCUUAACAAUCCCAGGAAUGUAACUUAUUGGAUUAAGAACCCAGGGAAUGAUGAGCGUUCUUGGCUUAGAGAAAAUGUGUGGGUUGUUAAUGGUUUAGAAUUCCCAUGGAUGAAGGACUGGGUGGCUACUGAUAUAGUUGUGAUGGAAAGUGUUGUGAAGGAGUUAUUGAGUGCUUUUGAUGACAAUGGUAAUUGCAAUGAUGAUAGUGUGGAUUUGAAGCAAACGAUUUCACUCAGAGUCCCUGAGGAUCUGGAGCAGAUUGAAUCAGUUGUUUCAACUGGUUAUUUUCUUCGCCACGGUAAGAAGCAACUUGAUCAGCUCUAA